AUGUCAAAGCGUGUCCCUGGGUUGAAAGAGCUUCUGCAAGCUGCUUCGCUUGAUGCCUACAUUCCAACAGCAGAUUCGUGGUGUCAGCAAGCUGGAGCUGUUGAUUUAUCAGAGGUUCUGGAGAUUGAGGAGUCCUUCGCAGAUGCCCUGUGCUUGAGGCUACUUGAGAGACGCCGGCUGCACAAACAAGCAGAGAAGGUGGUGGUUGGUGUUCGAGCUGCUCCUCAAGGGCUCCAGGAUUCAGAACCAGACUCUGAGCCCAGCACCUCAACUUUUCCUCAGGAUGAAGAUUUUGUUCCGAGCACACUCCGUGCAGAUGCCACUGGCAGCUUCUACCCCUUGAAGUCCAAGAAGCAACUGGAGCCAGACAGGCGUAUGUGUGGAGACAACUCCAGCUCUGCCGUGACUUUCGGAUGCUCAGGAUCCUCUCAAGCCACCAGCUUGAGCAGUUACUACACUGCCAGUCGAGCUGAUGCGCACCUUUGGCCAAGCCUCCAUGAAGGAACAGGCCUCAAUGACCUCAAAUCAUCAUCAAGCCAAGUCGAAGAAGAAAAGCGACAGCACAUAGAAACUAGGAAGAAGGAGGCAAAGUGGAACUUCAGUGGGUUCAGUCACCAGCGUGUCGACGACCGCUUUCGAGAACAUGAGUCUUUCCUUCAGCAGCAGCGGCUAAAGGCUUUCAAGCGGCGAUCAGAGAUUGAAGGUGACGAGCAAGCAGAGCGAGCCCUCAACCUAGAGCGGCAGGCAAGACGAGAAGAUGGGGAACGUUUGCACCCGGAGCAACUCUUCGUUUUUGACAAGCCAGGAUUUUUGCAGCCCAGAAAGCGUAUGGCCCUGCCUAGUUUGCAAUUCACCUGGGCAGCGACAUGGUGGGGGAUACGGGUGAACCAGGUCAAAGAUUCAUUUGGUUUGCGAGCUGAUGAUUUUAUUGUGGAAGUCGCCGGUGUGCCGCUGUCGGAACUUGAAGAGGAUGUUUGUGAACAAACGUUCCAGAGAUAUUCUCACGAAGGUGUGCAAGUAUUGGUUGAGCCUUCAUGCAGUCGAUGGGGAAGUUUGCCCCAUAUGAACGUCAAUUUUGAUUCCAUGUGUGCUGACAUCGAGGCACUGCAGUUGGACUACGGUGUUUCUGUAGAUAUUUGCAGGGAAUCAGAAAAACUGCUGCUUCGGGGCGCGCAGUCAGCCAUCCCAGGUGCCCAAAAUGCAAUUGAAAGAUUGAUGUCGAGCUACUUCGCAGAAUCCUCCAGGUGA